AUGUCGACUGCCCCGCGCAAACCAAUGCCCUCGGCGUUGAAGCUGGAUCUGCACGCAAAGUGCUCGACGACAAAAGCUCGCGCGAGCACCUUGCACCUCCCCCAUGGCGACGUCCCCCUCCCGAUCUUCAUGCCCGUCGCGACUCAGGCCUCGCUCAAGGGUCUGACCUACGACCAACUCAAACAGACUGGCUGCAUGCUCUGUCUCAAUAAUACAUACCAUCUGGGAUUGAAGCCUGGUCAAGCCGUGCUGGACGAGGUGGGCGGUGCGCAUAAGCUGCAGGGAUGGGAUCGAAAUAUCCUGACAGAUAGCGGGGGGUUCCAGAUGGUCUCGUUGCUGAAGCUCGCCAAUGUCACCGAGGAGGGAGUCCGCUUCCUCAGUCCGCACGAUGGAUCGCCUAUGCUGCUCACUCCGGAACACUCGAUCGCCCUACAAAACUCCAUCGGCUCCGAUAUCAUCAUGCAGCUCGACGAUGUGAUCGCGACCACGUCCCCCGAUCACGAACGUAUCCGCGAAGCCAUGGAGCGGUCCGUGCGCUGGCUGGACCGGUGCAUCGACGCUCACAAAUAUCCCGAACGCCAGAACCUAUUCUGUAUUAUCCAGGGUGGUCUGGAUCUGGAGCUGCGCAAGCGGUGCUGCGAGGAGAUGGUAGCGCGUGACACACCGGGAAUCGCCAUUGGAGGGCUUUCGGGGGGUGAAGCGAAGGAGUCGUUCUGUGAGGUGGUCGAUACCUGCACCGGGCUCCUUCCCGAAGAGAAGCCCAGAUAUGUGAUGGGAGUGGGCUAUCCCGAGGAUCUCAUUGUCGGAGUGGCCUUGGGCGCCGACAUGUUCGACUGCGUGUGGCCCACACGCACAGCCCGUUUCGGAAAUGCCGUGGUUUCGACUGGUACGCUCAAUCUGCGUCACCAUUCAUUCGCACAGGACUUUGGUCCUGUAGAAGAGGGCUGCACAUGCACGAUCUGUCGCCCUAAAGAGCAGGGUGGCCUCGGGAUCACCCGCGCGUAUUUGCAUCAUCUCGCGGCGAAGGAGACCGUGGGCGCUCAUCUGCUCACGAUCCACAAUGUGCACUAUUUACUUGCUCUCAUGGGCGCCGCGCGUGAGGCAAUCUUGGAGGACCGGUUCCCCGCGUUCCUGCACCGGUUUUUUGGGAAACUAUAUGGCAGCAAAUCGGAGUACCCGCCAUGGGUGGUUGGGGCGUUGCGGGGAGUGGGAGUGGACUUGAUGGAGGACUUGUAG